AUGUAUCUACUUAUUUAUCUACGCGCAUAUCACCCAUUCUUUUUCUCGACUCAACAGUACAACUUUGGCGCUAUGGCAAGUGGUUCAGCAUUUAGCAAUGUUCUCAAAGCUAAGGAAGAUUUACAAAAAUCUCCUGAACAAUUAGAACAAGAAAAACGAUCCGUCAUCGCUCAACGGGUACCCCAAUUACAAAUCGAUGGAAGCUCAAAAGAUCAACUUGUUGAAAAGGCUAAACAGUUGCACAACCUUCUCCAACAAUUACACGGUUCAAUCUAUGAAUUAACCGAACGUUUCGAGCGACAAAAAUAUGAUAUGGUCGAAUUAACUGAACGUGCUCGUCAAAUUGAGAAAGGAAAGGCUAAGACACGUAAAUCAAACAUUGUUCAUACUGGUCUUGGUGGUGGCAUUCUCGGCACCAAUAACGAUGUUGCAGCAAAAGCACCACAAAAAGUAUCGCUUUUCAGUCGAUACGAACGAGUUACUGAUCGUCGCACAUUUAAAGAUCGUCGUGAUGUUUGGUCUACCGAAAAGAAACAAGCAGAAUUCGUUGCUGAACGUCCAAAGGCCAAGAUAAAACACAAUACUCCACCGCCUGAAGAAAACCCAUUACGUAAAAAUAAGGGCGCCGCCAAAGAAGAAAGACAUCACGAUGUGGAAGAAUCGCAUGAUCAACCUGCUGAGGAAGAGGCGCCAGCUGAAGAAGAAGCACCAGCCGAAGAAGAGGCAGCACCUCAAGAAGAAGAGGAAGAAGAAGAAGAAGAAUAA